ACAGGAAUUUCAAUUCAAUCAUUGGUUAUAUUAAUUGGAAGCGUAUAUGGUCGAACCGGGCAGUUCUCUGAGUUCAGUUUAUUUUUGCAUCAUGAAGGUAGUGGUUGCUCUGUUGGUGCUUUGCGUGGCAGCUAUUAAUGGAGCCGGUGGACAGUCAUUCUUCGGAAGCGAGCCGUCCGAUGAUUAUUACCGUAGGAACGAUGUUUUCGAUUGUCCAUCAAGAUAUUACCCACCAGUGCCUUUUCUGAACGCAUUUUCAGCCGAUAAUGCUCCCGCUGUCGCCGGUGGCGUAAGGGCUUUCGAUGGAGAAUACCAACAUAUGGUUGCAAUCGGAUGGGAAUUCAACGAUGGUAUCAAAUAUUUAUGUGGAGGUAGCAUUAUUCACAGCAAGUUUAUUCUGACAGCAGCACAUUGCUCCCUUCCAGUCAAUGGCAUUUCUCCGACUACUAUACGAGCUGGAGAUACUGACUUAAGCAGUGAGGAAAAUGAUUAUCUUGCUCAACAGCGAACGAUUUUACGUAUUGUGAGACAUUCGUUGCAUCGUCAUAGCAGAAGUUAUAACGACAUAGCUCUGAUUGAAUUAGAACAAGAUUUGUUGUUCAAUUUGCAAGUAUCCUCCGCUUGCAUAUGGCUUGAAACAUAUAUUCCUUCAGAGCCACUUCAAAUCGUUGGAUUCGGCGAAAUGAAACUGGCAGAUGGCCCAAGUAUGACACUUCAAAGAGGUCAUGUAGAUCAUCAUCCAAUAGACGACUGUGACAAGAGGCUGACAACUAGGCGUAGAAUACCUGAUGGAUUACUAGAAAGCCAGUUUUGUGCAUCACACGAAACAAUGGAUACCUGUCAGGGCGAUUCUGGAGGUCCGAUUGAAGUGCGAAAAAUCGAUAUGUUCAGCCGUGAAAUUGCUCUCAUCGUGGGUAUAACAUCAUUUGGAACGGCUUGUGGCAGUGGUUCGAUAGGAGUUUAUACGAAAAUUUCACCAUACGUAGAAUGGAUAGAAACGACAACGAACCAGUCAUUUAGCUAUGAAAAAUGUGCAUCGCGAAUUGAGUUCAGUGAAUUCAAGCCACAUGGAAUUAUAGAACUAACAUCAGACAAAUCACUUCCAUACUUUCAUCUGUUGAGAAAUCGUUCAAACAAUCAAGAAUUUGACUGUAUAGGAACUCUAAUUGAUGAUCAGUUUGUAGUUACAUCGGCACUUUGUGCAACGCAUAAAGCAGGUGCUCCUAAAUUCAUCUACAUUGCGGAUCACGAAGAGUACGUUGAAAUUGCUGAAUGGAUUCCACAUCCUCAGUAUCAGAAAGAUACCCAAGCAAAUAACAUAGCUUUGCUAAGGUUGAGCAAAUUCCUCAAACGGGGUCUGAAGCCGACUUGCUUAGCGACACAAGAACAAUCAAAGGAAAAUCUAGCUGUAUCUUUCAUGUUAAAUUCAUUUGUAACAGAAAAUGGGUUGAGAAAAUUCGCAUACUUCAAACGUACAUUUUGGCCAGAGGACAAACAAUGUUCAGCCAAUUUAAACGAAAUUUGCAAGAGAAGCACUCUCCCUGUCAUCCCGACAAUCUGUAAGGUCACAAACGGUGCACCAAUUUUAAAAGAUUCUCCUGAGGGAAUUCCACUCCUCUACGGAAUAAUCGAUGCGGAGGGCAGCAAAUGCGACGGAGAACUCCGUGGUACAUUGAUAGAACCUUACAUGAAAUGGAUAAGAAGCGUAUUGCAAGAGUAUCUCAGAAAAGAAGUUCUGAUUUUUGUUUAGCUUUCUAUAAGGAAAUAUCCUCCGUGCCCGGAAGUUAUCAUUAUCGGAAAUUGUAGAAAAUACAGGAAAUUAGUUCAAUCAAGAUACUGUCAUUGAAGAAAUUUAAGCUAAAUUAGAUAGUUAAUAUGUAAAAAUACAAUGUUAAAGUUAAA